ACUGCGGCUGGAGUUCCUCUUCGAGUCGGCAUUAGGGAUUCUUCUUCAAUCGGGUCCUUGUCAGACCUUGUUCACUUAGUGGUCCUCGAUAACGGCUUCAAAAUCUACGGAAAGCCACUGGGCGUCCGUCUCGCAGCGCACCGGAUCAUUGCAGACGUCGAUGAAGCCGAUCGGAUCUAGUGAUUGAGCCCGCAAAGAAAAGGUUCCAGCCGGAGCGGACAAAAUGGCACUGUCGGAAGCACAGAAGCUGCUGGACGAACUCAUGGGCCGUCACCGAAAUGCCGACCCAAACGAUACACUCAACACCAUGGAGUGGGCGGAGAAAGACGUCUGCAGGCAUUUCCUGGUCCAGUUCUGUCCCCACGAGCUGUUCACAAACACGAAAGCCGACCUCGGUACGUGCUCGAAAAUCCACGAUGACCGGCUUCGACUCCAAUUCAAAGAGGAGGCUCCGGAGGAAUACAAAGAGCGGUACGAGCAUGCUUUCAUAGAUAUGUGUCGCGACUUGCUCAAAGACGUUGAUAGGAAAAUUCAGAGAGCGCGCCACCGGCUCGAAAUGACGGCGGAGCUCCGCGAGCAGGAGGCCAAAAAAGAAGUCAAGUCCCCGGACGGCGAACGGAUUCAAGUUCUCAACGACAAAAUCAACGAACUACUCAAGAAAAUCGAAGAGCUCGGCACUCAGGGCGAAGUCGAAGAAGCUCAAAGUCAUUGGAUGAAAGUGAACCUUGAUCAGGACAAAUCGAUGGAAGUUUGUGAAGUCUGUGGGGCAUUCCUGAUUAUCGGAGACGCCCAGUGCCGAGUUGACGACCACCUUAGCGGUAAACAACACGUUGGAUAUUCAAAAUUGAGGGAGAGCGUCGUGGAAUACGAAAACCGGAAGAAGGACACCGAUCGCAAGAAACGAGAACGACGGAGGACCCCGGAACGACGAGACAGAUCCAGAGACCGCGACAGAAGGGACCGUUCCCAUACGGGAGCUGAUCUUCUCCGAGGUCCGUCAUAA